AGCCACUAUACCUGCCUUGAGUCUUUGAGAACAUUAUAAUGUCUCUUUGUGCUUCAUCUCACAAGGAAUUGUCUCAGCUAUUAUCUGUUCAAGACAUGGAUAUCAAAAACUCACCAUCUAGCCUUAACUCUCCUGUCUCCUACAACUGCAGUCAAUCUGUCCUACCCCUGGAACAUGGCCCCAUAUAUAUCCCUUCCUCUUACGUAGAGAGCCACCAUGAAUAUUCAGCCAUGACAUUCUAUAGCCCCACUGUGAUGAAUUAUAGUGUCCCCAGCAGUGCCAAUAAUUCAGAAGGUGAAUCUGGUCGACAAACCACAAGCCCAGAUGUGUUGUGGCCAACUCCUGGACAUCUCUCUCCUUUAGCGAUCCAUUGCCAGUCAUCACUUCUGUAUGCAGAACCUCAAAAGAGUGCGUGGUGUGAAGCAAGAUCACUAGAACACGCCUUACCUGUAAACAGAGAGACACUGAAAAGGAAGGUUAGUGGGAGCACUUGCACCAGCCCUGUUGCUAGUCCAAGUUCAAAGAGGGAUGCCCACUUCUGUGCUGUCUGCAGUGACUACGCCUCUGGAUAUCACUAUGGAGUCUGGUCGUGUGAAGGAUGUAAGGCCUUUUUUAAAAGAAGCAUUCAAGGUCAUAAUGAUUAUAUUUGCCCAGCUACAAAUCAAUGUACAAUAGAUAAGAACCGGCGUAAAAGCUGUCAGGCCUGCCGACUUCGGAAGUGCUAUGAAGUAGGAAUGGUGAAGUGUGGCUCUCGGAGAGAAAGGUGUGGAUACCGCAUAGUGCGAAGGCAGAGAAAUUCCGAUGAGCAGCUGCAUUGCCAGAGCAAAGCCAAGAAAAGCGGUGGGAAUGUGACCCGCGUGAAGGAGCUGCUGCUGAAUGCCUUGAGCCCGGAGCAGCUGGUGCUCACACUGCUGGAGGCCGAGCCGCCCAAUGUGCUCGUCAACCGCCCCAACCUGCCCUUCACGGAGGCCUCCAUGAUGAUGUCCCUGACCAAGUUGGCUGACAAGGAGCUGGUGCACAUGAUUGGCUGGGCCAAGAAAAUUCCCGGCUUUGUGGAGCUCAGCCUGUACGACCAAGUGAGGCUCUUGGAGAGCUGCUGGAUGGAGGUGUUAAUGGUGGGGCUGAUGUGGCGCUCCAUCAACCAUCCCGGCAAGCUCAUCUUUGCUCCAGACCUCAUUCUGGACAGGGAUGAGGGAAAGUGUGUAGAAGGAAUUUUGGAAAUCUUUGACAUGCUCCUGGCAACAACUUCAAGGUUUCGCGAGUUGAAACUCCAACACAAAGAGUAUCUCUGUGUCAAGGCCAUGAUCCUCCUCAACUCUAGUAUGUACCCUUUAGCUGCAGCAACCCAGGAGGCGGAGAGCGGCCAGAAGCUGACUCAUUUACUGAACGCCGUGACCGAUGCUCUGGUCUGGGUGAUCGCCAAGAGCGGCAUCUCCUCCCAGCAACAGUCUAUCCGCCUGGCUCACCUCCUGAUGCUUCUUUCUCACAUCAGGCAUGCCAGGUACUAG